AUGAAAAAGGUCGAAAGAUGCUUGGACAGCCUAAAACCCGGCGUCUACAUAACGCACUGGAAGGAGCAUGGAAAGCACUCAAAAAUUGGGCACACCGAGCUGCGAAAGCGAGGAGCAGCCUCGGACCAUAUUUUUGGGCCCAUAACCCUGACCGAAAUUUGCUUGGGCAUCCUGGCGUCCGUGGCGACAUUUGGGGAUUUUAUGCAGCAUUAUGGUGAUUUGUUACAGCAAGAGCCAAGGGUUAGGAUGGUGCCAUGGAACGCUCAAGAAGUCGGGGCCUAUCAUCCCCAGCAAUCCGGUUAUUACGUGGUGCGCAAUUUUUGGAAUGGUACGGUCUGGGCGGAUCGUACGGAGUAUAUGCAGGUAACAAUCCGACCUGAAGACGUUCGCCCCCGCGACGGCAACUUCCCGAGCUCCGUGAAGUAUACGCAUGGAAACAAACUUGGACGACAGCGCGGGGAUGAGGCUGGCCAUCUACUAGCUAAUACGCUGGGCGGCUCGAACCACUUGAUCAACUACAUGCCUCAAGCCGCUGCAAACAACGCAAAUCGGCAUGCCAAAUGGAUUAUGGAUAGUUGGUUCGCAAACGAGAAUCACAUUCGCGAUUGGUUAAACUGCACCCCCCAUAGCCAAGUGGUCUUGAGGGUUGGGCUACGGUACAACAGUGUGCAUCAUGGAAGACCGUACUACAUAAUGUGGUCGGCCGUGUAUAUUGUCAAUGGUCAGACAGUUCAUGUGGCCUAUUGGUGGCUGAUGGAGGGCGUUGAGAUCGACUACCAGGUGGAGGAUAUUGCGUCGAGGGAUGCCGUGGAAAACCAGCUCGGCCUCCGCCAGUCGACCAUCGAGGAGCAGUGCUCGAAGACGACGGGACGUUGCUGGAGGGUGGUGGACCGGUUGAUUGAGGACAACCUCGGCUCCUAUGCAGAGCGCUGCCUCUUCAUGCAGGGCUUCGAAGAUGAGAGCGACUCGUCGAUUCGCAUCAUACCACCUGCUGGCACCUCGUCUCUAGCCGAAAUAUUCAGCAGCUCGGACAGCCGCUUCUGGCAAAUCGACCACACCCAGAUCACCGCCCAAUACGUCGCCGCGCUUGCCAUCGCCCCAUUCGUGUUCGGGACCUUUAAAAUGGACGAUAAAAAGGAGAAACGCUCCCUCCUUGAGAUCGGCCUGGGCGGCGGCACCUACGCCGGCUUCAUGCGUCACCACCGCCCCAAUCUGAACAUCACCUCCGUCGAGCUCGACGAGACGGUCAUCUACUUGGCCGACAAGUGGUUCGGCUUCAAGCAAAGCCCACUCCUCCAUGUGCACGCAGCAGAUGGGAUUGUUUUUGUCGAAAACGCGGCGAGACGGGGAGAGGCCUGGGACGUCGUCCUGAUCGACGCUUGUGAUGGUAGUCAGAUUAUCCCGUGUCCGGCGCACGUCUUCCUCAACGACGUCUUCAUGGCCGACGUGCGGAAGGUGGUCAAGGAUCAGGGAUUACUCAUCGUCAACAUCCUCGACCUGCACGAAAAUGCCGCAAACAUUGCUGAGGUCUCCAAGCAGUUCGCCAGCCACUUCCCGACCUGCGCCACGCUGCACAUGAAUUAUGAGAUCAACGUCAUUCUCGUCUGCCUACCGUACCAAAUUGGCGAUGCCGACGCGCAGCUGCGCUUCUUCGAGUCCAGGAUUCCGCACGUCGUCGAGCAGCUCGGGUUGAAGAAGCUGUUGCCGCAUGUGGCCCCGCCGGUGGUCAGCAAUGGGCUGAAUCUCGACCUGGACGGGUUGAUCGACGACAUCAAUGCGAUGACGACCACUGAUCCAAAAGACGAGCCGAACGUUGAAGACGUCAGCGAAGCCUAUCUCCGCCUUCAUGGCAUUCUCGACCUCAACAAAAAUGAUCUCAACUUUGAUGGUCUGAAUGUCAACCUCGAUUUGGACGAGCCGAAACGCAAAGUCCCAGCUAGACAGCAAUCGGCAAGUGCACCGCUUCAUCAUUGGCCGCAGAGUCAGAUUCAGGCCAACGCGAUGGUCCGGCGCCAAGUGUUCGAUACCAGUUACGGUGUUGCUCAAGCACUGCCGCAACAGCCGAGCCCCUUUUACGGCCAGCAGCUCACUCACCAGCCAGACCGUUACGGCGCCAAUCAGCACCAGUCGGCGGUUUAUCGGCAGCAGCAACAAAAUGCGUGCUACAACCAGACUGGAGCUUGGCAAAAUCAGGCUCACGCGUUCCGCCCGAAUCCAAACAACCUGCAAGCCGAGCAUUACUUUAAUGCCAACCAGCAGGCUUUCCAUGUCCAACAUCAACAGCAGCAGCAGCAGCAGCAGCACAACUACAACUGGAUGCAGAUGAGGGAUGGCGGAUACCAAUAU